AUGAAGUCACAAUCGAGAUUUCGAACCCGAUUUUUCGCACUGCUGGGGCUUUGCCUUCAUUUUGUUUUGGUCGUGUUUGCCUCUGAUGACGAAGAGAACAUCCCUUUGGAUGAUUUUGAAAUCAGAGACAAGAACAGGGAUGGAAGGGUCACGAGGCAAGAGUUUGUUGAUGGGAGCAGGGGGGGUUCGGAUUCAGCCUUUGCCUGUCUUGACGGCGACAUGAAUGGGUAUGUGACGAAGGAGGAGCAGAACGCUCUGAAGAAGCGAUUCUACCGGAGCAGACUCUCGCAGCUGAACUCUGAAGAAGUUCUAGACUGGCUCAUGUAUCCCAAGUGCGUGCCCACUGACAUGAGCAAGUAUGCGAACAAGUUCAAGCAAGCAGGGCUGAAUGGAUUGUCCCUGUGGGAGUAUGGAGUCCGCAGCCCUCGGCUCCUCAAGAACGAGCUCAAGAUCGGGAACCCAGUGGUCAGGCGAACUCUAGUGCAGGCUAUCUGCAGGGAAAUUGAAGGACUUGGUUGUUUGGGACCUCCUGUUUCAGCUGAUUUGAUGGCUCCGACUACUAGGGAGAACAAGACUGAAGAAAAAUUGGAAGAUGCUAUCAAACAUGUCGAUUCGAGAUCAUUCUUCGAAGGGGGUCAGGACCAGAACGAUGAUGGUCAAGUCAGUGAAGAGGAAUUUGUUCGUCAGCAGGCUCGAGGAGGUGUGGGAGUUCUAGAAGCAUUUCAUUGUUUGGAUCCGGAUAGAAAUGGACAGAUCACAAGACAAGAGAUGUGGGAGCUGAAGACUCGUUUUUGGCGAAGCAAACUGAGCAAACUGAGCAAUGAAGAACUUAUCAAAUGGCUUUCGGAUGACAAGUGUGUCCCAACAAACAUGGAGGACUACAUACCGGCUUUCAAGAAACAUGAUGUUCGAGGCCUGACACUGUGGAGCAUCGGAAUACAGAACCCGAGAUUGCUUCAUACCAUCCUAGGGAUUAAGAGCGACAUGAAGCGAGCUCACCUGACGGAGGCUAUCUGCCGUGAGAUUCUAGACUCUGGUUGCUUCUCAGACACGAACAAAUGGACCGGGCUGUUUGGAGGAUGGAAAUACUGGGGGUCAACGUUGCUGAGCUUCGAUCUCUGGCAGGUUUUGAACCUCAUCUUGUCGUUUUUUGGCUUCUUGGCGCCACUCGCCUUUGGUGCAUUUCGCUUGGGUAUCCUCAAUGAUACGAUUCGGACCUUGCAGGAAGGAACUCUGAAUGCAAGGUUGCAAGUUGGGAAGAUGGUGAAAAAGAUAAGAGUGCCGAACUUGGUCCAGUCGCAGUCAAAUGAGAACGCCAGCGGUACUGCGUCAAAGAAAGCAAAUGGACCGACCAAGUCAAAAUCGCACACAUCCCUUCAAAAUUUGAGGUCGGACAGCAGUAAAGUUCGAAAGGCAAACAUGGAAGCCAAGAGAGCAGAAAUCAUGCAAGCGCUAUCAGCGCUCGCUGGGGUUCAAGGAGAACAAGCGAACAAGUGUGCUACAUUUCCACCAUCAAUCAAAGAAUCACUACUGAAGAGCCACAGCGACUCAGCAUUGGCUGACGACUUCGAAGAUUGCUUCGAAGAUUCGGACGAGGGACCGUACCAUACCAAUUCUACUGGUGGUGCAGCUGCAAGAGGUUGUGUGCAGCAAUCGGGGAAUGGCAUGAAGAGAUCGAAAGACCAACCAUCGAGGACGGAUUCAGCAAGAUCGCAAUCCAGCACAAGGCCAACGAACGAGACUGGGAGACAAGCUCAAGCUCAGAUUCCGAAGCAGCAUGCCGAUGGCACAGCAGGAGCUCCGAUCACUCUUGAUCAUGCGACCGCAAAGAAGAUUGUUAGACAAUCCAUGCAAGAGACAGAGAGGGAAAUACAGCCAACUUCGAUUGAAGAAUUUUCAGCAUCAGCACACGGGUCGAAUAUCAGGAAAAGGUGCAAUUACUGCAACAAGCUCUUCAGCAAGUACAGACAGAACUGGUUCAUAAGGAAGAUGGAGAGGUAUCAGUGCAAGAAAUGCGGCCUGUUCUUCUGCGCAGCCCACAAGAGCAAAGGGCAUCACGGGUGCCGAAGUCUUGGAGGUGGGAGAGCGAUGGCAGGCCGCCAUGAAGACUUGUCCAUGUCAACCCAUGAUGGAGACUACGAGCCAUCGCCCGACUCGAGUCUGCGCGAAGAGAGAGACGACACGGACUGUACUUCUUCAUACAGCAAUUGA